AUGGUUGGUGUCAUGACUGCUGGCAUGGUUGGUGUCAUGGCUGCCGGCAUGGUUGGUGUCAUGGCUGCCGGCAUGGUUGGUGUCAUGGCUGCUGGCAUAGUUGGUGUCAUGACUGCCGGCAUGGUUGGUGUCAUGACUGCCGGCAUGGUUGGUGUCAUGACUGCCGGCAUGGUUGGUGUCAUGACUGCCGGCAUGGUUGGUGUCAUGACUGCCGGCAUGGUUGGUGUCAUGACUGCCGGCAUGGUUGGUGUCAUGACUGCCGGCAUGGUUGGUGUCAUGACUGCCGGCAUGGUUGGUGUCAUGACUGCCGGCAUGGUUGGUGUCAUGACUGCCGGCAUGGUUGGUGUCAUGACUGCUGGCAUGGUUGGUGUCAUGGCUGCUGGCAUGGUUGGUGUCAUGACUGCUGGCAUGGUUGGUGUCGUGACUGCCGGCAUGGUUGGUGUCAUGACUGCCGGCAUGGUUGGUGUCAUGACUGCCGGCAUGGUUGGUGUCAUGACUGCUGGCAUGGUUGGUGUCAUGGCUGCUGGCAUGGUUGGUGUCAUGACUGCCGGCGUGGUUGGUGUCAUGGCUGCUGGCGUGGUUGGUGUCAUGACUGCUGGCGUGGUUGGUGUCAUGGCUGCUGGCAUGGUUGGUGUCAUGACUGCCGGCGUGGUUGGUGUCAUGGCUGCUGGCGUGGUUGGUGUCAUGACUGCCGGCAUGGUUGGUGUCAUGGCUGCUGGCAUGGUUGGUGUCAUGACUGCUGGCAUGGUUGGUGUCAUGACUGCCGGCGUGGUUGGUGUCAUGACUGCCGGCAUGGUUGGUGUCAUGACUGCCGGCGUGGUUGGUGUCAUGACUGCCGGCAUGGUUGGUGUCAUGACUACCGGCAUGGUUGGUGUCAUGGCCGCUGGCAUGGACUCACAGCAUGAACCUCCUCCCCAGGACUCACAGCAUGAACCUCCUCCCCAGGACUCACAGCAUGAACCUCCUCCCCAGGACUCACAGCAUGAACCUCCUCCCCAGGACUCACAGCAUGAACCUCCUCCCCAGGACUCACAGCAUGAACCUCCUCCCCAGGACUCACAGCAUGAACCCCCUCCCCAGGACUCACAGCAUGAACCUCCUCCCCAGGACCCAGUACGAGUUCUCCGCCAAAAUGAGCCCGCUCCCCCUUACUCGGAGUAG